GUCCCAGAGUGACACGUAAUCUUUUCCUGGUGGAAGAGGUCUAGUGUGACUGUGAUAUUUGACUUUAUUUUCACGUUAAUCACAAUCAAGACUAUCUUUUCAUUAUUUGAAACAAGCAGUCAGACAGUUAAGAAAAUGGCACCAUCUGGGAAGGAUACGACAACCCUCUGCUUGUUCGAUGUCGAUGGGACUCUAACUGCAGCAAGACAGAAAGUCACCCCUGACAUGGAUGAGUUUCUUCAGAGGCUGAGAAAGAGGGUGCGAGUUGGAGUAGUUGGGGGAUCUGAUUUUGAAAAGAUCAAAGAGCAGCUCGGAGCAGAUGUGGUGGAAAAGGUGGAUUAUGUGUUUGCUGAGAAUGGAUUAGUUGCCUACAGAGAUGGAAAACUGUUGUCUGUUCAGAGCAUUCAAGCACAUCUUGGCGAGGAACUGCUCCAAGACUUUAUAAAUUACUGCCUGAAUUACAUGGCAAAGAUAAAAUUGCCCAAGAAAAGGGGCACGUUCAUCGAGUUUCGUAACGGAAUGCUGAACGUUUCUCCGGUGGGGAGAAGCUGCAGCCAGGAAGAGCGAAUUGAGUUCUUUGAACUUGAUAAAAAAGAACGGAUCAGAGAGAAGUUUGUUGCUGCUCUACAGAAGGAGUUUGCUGGGCGGGGGCUGGUGUUCUCUAUAGGAGGACAGAUCAGCUUUGAUGUUUUCCCUGAAGGCUGGGAUAAAAGAUUCUGUCUGAGCACUCUGGAGCAAGAAGCCUAUGAGAAGAUUCAUUUCUUUGGGGACAAAACCAAACCAGGGGGCAAUGACUAUGAGAUCUACAUGGACCCCAGGACCAUCGGCCAUGAAGUCUCCUGUCCGGAGGACACAAGGCGUCUCUGUGAGGAGCUCUUCUUCAAGUGAUGCCCCAGCGUAGCCCUCCGUGCCAGUGAAAAUCACAGUGGAUAGACUUGAAUGUACUGUAAUUAUGAGAACCUCUUAAUUCAUACCUUUAAUUCCCUCCUCCCUGGGCUGAAGGAUGUUCUGGAAGUGUAUUUAAGCAGACAGGCUGGAAUCGUGUAGGGUUUGCGUUACAAAUAACUAUAUACCUUAGCUAUUUUUACCCAAGAUUUAUAGGCAUUGAAGUUAUGGUAUCUACCUCAUAACAUCCUUUCUUAACGUUUUUUUUUUUUUUU